AUGCACGAGGAUGCGGUCGUGAGAGGGCAGAGGGCGGAGCGGGCGUUGAAUAGGGAGUAUGUCUUGUCGAGGCACGGUCACACGGAUUCGGCGUCGCAGAGCGGAGGGUCCAUCUCCUUCCUCGAAAUGAGGACUACAAUCAACACUGGAAAACUUGUUUUCAAAUCUUUGUCUGGAAGCGGCGCCCACGACUCCCGCACGGGCUCGCCCGUCGCGAAGGGGGUUGGAGAGGUGGUGGAGCGGAAUGCGAGCGGAAACGGCGAAUGGGCUGAUGACGACGGUUGGCGAAAGCUUGUCCUUAAUCCCAGCGGCCUUCAAUCGGAACGCGACACCGGUGCGGUGAAGGAAAGGACGAAGUCAACUUUCCAAAAGACUCGCUUCGUGUCUAAGGGCCUACCGCAAGCUGAGGAGCGUCUCUCCGUAUUUCAGGGACAUCAAACGUUUAACGAAACAUUGAUCCACCUUAUUCGGGGCAGCAUCGUAAUCACGACGCCAUACGAGAUCCACUACGCCUCUCUUAUUUCCCCCCGUCAUACUCCUGUCUGCUCGGCACAAUUCUACUCCCUCGUUCUUCGUCAUCGUCGCUUUCACUCCAUCUUCUGGAUAAAACACCUCAUCACUCAUCAAAAGGCAGCCUUAGCGUGGCCUCGCUAUGCAUCUAGCCACCGGGCGGCCACCAAUCCCCUCCAUUGGGUGACCACGACUCCUGCAUGUGUUGGCUUCCGGGCCACACAGUUGGAUCCAUGCACGUCAGGCACCUCCAUACCCCUCACAUUAUUAAUUCCUCGACUCCAUCAAAGUCAAUGUUUCAAAGGCCUUCUUUCCCCGGACCUGAGGAGGUUGCUAGAUCUAAGGCUAAAACUACCCCCUGAGACCACCCCGCGAAACCAGGAUUCUGUAUAUGGAUUUUGCAUCUGUGUCAGUUGCAGAUACAUGCAAUACCAUUAUUGUAAAUGCAUCCCAUUUCAAUCGCAAUUCGUGUAUCCAUUGCCAAUCCUUGCGACAUGUGGGCAAGUCGCUUGUUACGCCUCUGCAGACUCCAGCCAAGACUCUGGCACGAAACAUCUUUUGAGAGAUCAGUGUUUGGCCCAGCCCACUCAAGACGCCCAAGAUUCUGGAGUUUCUGGAAUAAUGCCUCGAAACGAUUUCCCAGAGAAAGUGAUCCCAGAACACUUUUCUAGCUUCGUGUGCGAGGGAAUGUUUUCGCGAAAGGAAAAGGGAGUCUGGUUCCUUUUUGGCGGUGAAGUUGUCCGUUGUUCGAAUUUGUUGUCAUUGCGGAUGCCUGUUACAAGCCCCUCUCUAAUACCACACCAUUUCAGCGCACCCAGAAGACACAGAUAUUCUAGAUAUCAGCUCGCUAUUGACGGUCGGCUUUGUGUGACUGGCCCAGACGUUCCAUUCCCUUUCAGCAUUAUAGGAGUUUAUUUUCCUUUGGCUAGCUCCCCAGUUCCACCAAGUGGCCCAAACGGCAUUACCUCACCUUGCCUCAAAACGGGCACUCUGGAGGUAUCGGGUAACAAUGAUCACGUGCCCAUGAAAGACUCCAUGAACUGGUUCGCUCGCACCUUCCGAGUACAUAGUGGCAAGCUCCUCCGACCGAAAGCUAACGCAAGCAACACUGACUCUCGGCUCCGGUGGUACUCGACCUUAAGAAAGAUCUACCACACGAGAAGAAAGGUCGUCUCCUCCGUAGAAAACUCUAUUACUAGAGAAUUUUGUUCAGACAAAGCAACCAUGGACGCCCUUCCGGAGGAACUACUUGAUCAAAUCAUCUCAAGUUUCAAGUUAGAAGCACUGAUCGAAGGAGCUCAACAAGCUCCCCCUACCAUCUCAGAUCUCUCGAGCCUGUGGAGUCUCUCAAUCGUGUCGCGCAAAUUCCAUCGAAUUGCAACGCCUCACUUGUAUUGCGCCUUACCGGUAACACUACUCAACUCCAAAGGACGGGUUGAAAACAUCUGCUGGGAACCGAGAUCCAGCGAACGGCGUUUCUUGAAGUUCUUUGACUUCGAGAUCCCCACUACAGAAGGAAGCAAUGCUACCUCGCUGCUCCGAACGCUCAGGUCGAACACUAGCUUCACCAAGUAUGUGAAGGCCCUUCUCGUUCGAAGACUCGAUCGCGGAUGCCUACAACGGGGGGCUCUUGGGAUAAAUGGAUAUGACGAUGAUGGCAUAGGAGCAAUUCGCCGCUUGCUAGUAGACGAUGAAGCCCCAGAGCGCGUGAGAAACCUACUUCUAAGUUGGAUUCACUUCGGAAGCUUUGGAGGAGCGCUACCAUUAUCAGGUGGCCUAAAGCCUGACCCACAGUAUCAAGUGUUUCACGAUCUGCUGUCACUUCUUCCCGAAAUCGAGACGCUGGAUUUAUCCCAGUACAAGAGCGAUGCGCCUGGUAGGCCAUGGCUCGAUGUUUUGCCAUCUUCCAAGGAGUGUGGAUGCGGCACAAGCGCGCCUUUUCCACACAAUUACCCCCAUUUAAAGACUCUCGUUAUCGACAUGGUAGGCGCAAGGGCAGAUGUACUUUGGCCCCUUUUUGGACUCUCAACCUUGGAAUCUUUAGAGAUUAUCCAUGCGUCUAUCCACUUUCAGGCCAAUAUUCGAUAUGCGCUCCAAUGGGAGGCCCUCCCAAAUAAAUCCCCCCUAAAACAUCUUACUCUUAGGGACAUAUUCGUCAAAUGCCCGUACGGUGACCCACGACACGACAGCGAAACUGGCGCUAUGUCCCUUAUUUCUCAGGCAUGCAUUGGACUCGAAUCUCUGUCCAUCAUCCAUGACGAGGAGAACGAAAGCGAAUUAGACAAUAGCCGCCUUCGAGCCCACAUCAAGGCCUUUAGACCCCACCUCACCAAUGGUGGUCUUCGGCGGUUCGAUUUAUACAACCAGACCCACCAUAUCCUUAACACCCUAGCGAUUAGACACGACAAUUCUAUGUCAGCAUUCAGGAACACUCCAGGACUCGAGCAUCUCACUAUCGACCUCGAGGUGCUGAUUGAGGUCCUACACAACGACCCGCUUCCAUAUCCCAUCACGGCAAGCCAGUCUGUAACUCCUGGGAAAUUCACCGAACCAAAGCAUGCUCCUCAUAUCCUUUUCGUCGAUAUCUCUCUUCCUUUCACGCUCAAGUCUCUAACUAUCCGCUGCCAGUCUGAACUCCGGGCAUUUUGCAUGCGACACAAAGCGUUGCAUGCCGUCAUCGAAGAGUUCAGCCAGGAGGUGCGGUCCCAAUUUCCAGAUCUCAAGCGUCUGACUUUCCAUCGAUGCUGGUCCUACGACGCCAUCUCCGAGGACACGCAUCGAGCUUUUGCUGUGGCUGGUGUCGAGCCCAACUUUAGAAUACUGGAACACACCCUGGACCACACAAGGAGAAUAGAACUACUUAGCUCGGCGCUGAACCCAAGAGAUUGGAAAAGAAUGUAUCUCCCUCGGCUCCAAUUCACAGCACUUAUCAUUCAAUGGAUAUCAUCGACAGGGCACCUUAGGGAGGGCUUACAGGACAAGAGAGCGGAAUCCCUCGACCUUGUCAUAGCAAGCAACCCACCCAAUUCAAUAACAAUCACCAACCUCUCGCCCCGGCCUUUCUUAAAUCCGCAGACAGAGAAAAUCAUCAAAUAUACAUCAUUCAAACCAUAA